AACCGAUGAUACUGUUUUAAAACAAAAAAUGCCGGAUUAUUCUUACCUUCGAAGCCUAUGGUGGAAGGAAGGAAAUUUUCACCCAGAAGCAAAGUGGGAAGAAGCUACGCUUCCAUAUGUGCUCGCUGAAGGCGUAACUUUGGACGAGUACGAACGUCGCACCGACAAGUUUAACGUUCAUGGUUUAUGGGAAUGGACAAAUUAUAAAGUCUCAGUUUAUGAACUUCCAUUAGAGCCACAUGAAACUUGUAUUGGCGCGAUUAUUAAGUAUAUUAAUCGGAGCUGUAGUGAUGUUGACGAUACCGAUGCCAGUAUUAUAGGCUUAGGAGCAGCCCGUAGGCAUUAA